AUGACUCUGGACGAGAAGGAGUGGGACAGAACCCUUAGAUUGCAUAACGAGCAUUUCGGUGUUGACGAUGAGCAACCGACUUCGACGAAUCAUGUGACCUCAAGAAGACUGGCAUACCUGAACGAAGUCAAGACUAACCCAUUAUUUGGGGCAGAAGUGCUGAGGCAGACGAUCGACGACAAUGGCGAUCAAGAUUCAGGCUCCAAAGUAAACUCCUCCGAAGUUUUGAAACAGUAUGCCCUGCUUGCCCGGGUUCUGGAACCUGGCAUCGAGGACCAGAGGCUAUUUUUGAACGUCAAUACUCCAUGGUCGGCUUUCCUUUGUGGCUCCCAGGGGAGCGGGAAAAGCUACACUUUGUCCUGUAUGCUGGAAUCGAGCCUUAAAGCUUCCCCACUUGGUCGUUUGGAGAAACCACUUGCAGGCUUAGUCUUCCAUUACGAUACUCAAGGAUCAGUUGGAAGCAAACAAAUCUGUGAAGCCGCGUUUCUGGCAUCAAAAGGCAUUCCGGUCAAAGUUCUUGUUGCACCAUGGAAUUUCGAAUCUAUGCGAAAGGCUUACACUAACUUGAAGAACGUGCCCACACAACCAGAAGUAACGGCCUUUUGCCUUCGCGAAGAGCACCUAAAUGUUGGACGAAUGAUGAGACUUAUGGCAUGUGAGGGAGAAUCGAAGAAUACUCUGUAUAUGCAGACGGUGAACAUGAUUCUUCGGUCACUCGCGUUGCAAAAUCCUCACAUGGCUGGACUCAAGUACCAAGAGUUCAAAGAGCGGAUUCACAAUGAGAACUUCAGUGCUCAACAACAAGGCCUGGUCGAUCAACGACUGAGCCUGCUUGAAAGCUUUUUGUAUCUCCCUGGUAAGUCGACGGUAGAGACUUUGACGUUUAGCAAAGGGAGUGGUGACGAGAGGAAGAGACAAGCCGCUAGGGAUAAAGAGAAGCGGACAAAUCGAUCAAUACUCAAUACUAUGUUUUCUCCCCAUGCCUGGUCAUUCGAACCAGGAAGCCUCACGAUUGUGGACCUGAGCUGUCCCUUCGUUGAUCAAGAUCUAGCGUGUGACCUGUAUAACAUUGCUAUGGACCUCUUCCUGGCCAGGCGCGGAACAAGUAACCUGAUAAUUGCUUUAGAUGAAGCGCACAAGUUCCUUACUGGUAGCGAGGCUGGCAACGCCUUUACUGAGAGCAUGCUCUCUGUUAUCCGCCAACAACGUCAUUUGGGAACGAGUGUGAUCAUCGCAACUCAAGAACCCACCAUUGCGCCUUCAUUGCUAGAUCUAUGCUCUAUGACCAUUGUUCAUAGGUUCACGUCCCCAAAUUGGCUCAAAGCGCUAGAAAGCCAUCUGGCUGGAAUGACAGGGGCGACCGAAGGGGAAAAAGGCGCGCUUGGCAAUAUCUUCAAUCGUAUUGUGGAGCUGGAUGUUGGACAUGCGCUCUUGUUCUCACCCACGUUGAUGCUCACGGUGAUAAAGUCGAAAGGUGGAAACAAGAAGGCUUCGAGACUUGGAACUCGUCACUUGAAAAUCCAAGUACGCAAAAGGUUGACAGCAGAUGGUGGUGUCGGUUUCGACCUCCUCGUGCUUCGUCUGGUAGUUGUCGGCUUGCUCCUCCGCCAAAUCCUGAGCCAUGACGGCAGGCCGGACGGUGAAAGCAAGAAGGAAAUGCGUAUAGAAGCUCCGAUGUAUACAAAACCCAAGUUUCCCCAAUCAAUGCCGUUCCAAUUGCUCACAUCCCAGUAG